AUGAUGACUAGAGGUGGGAAAAAGCCAGACCAAGAGGACGAGCCUGAAGGGGUUGGAGCUUCAUCUGGUCUAGAGGCCCCGGCAACAGCCAACCCUGUGGACAGGUUGGAGGAACUGGCAGACUUGGUGAAGUCUCUUUUGCAGUCUCAAGCAGCCAAAGACCGGAAGAUAGAGAAAGAUUUCUCUCGCCAAGAGCAAAGGUGGAAAAUGACUCAUGUGGUAGUAGCACCUGGACUAACAGACGUCCCUGGACAGACUUUGUGUCUUCACUGCCGGCAAACUGUGAUCACUCAGACACAGCACACACCAGGAUUGUUGGCCUGGGCUAUCUGUGGAGGGAUGACCCUCUUGGGAUUCUGGCUUUGCUGCUGUAUCCCAUUUUGCCUCGAUUCCUGUAAUGAUGUGGAGCAUCGCUGUCCAAACUGCAAACGUGUUGUUUACAUAUACAAACGAAUGUAAAACCAGUCCCAAAUACAAACUUUUGUAUUGUUUAUCACUCAUGUCUGCUCUAAGUGUCUUUCCCUCCUUACAUGUCACAGAAAUGGAGAUGGGGAAAGGAAUGAGUUAUGCUUUUAUCAGCAACAUCUAGGGA